UAGUUCACUUCGAUAGCUCUACGAGUCUGCACGUGAAUUUUCCCUGGGCUCUCGGCUGUCUUGACUGCUCAAAUCUCACAACACACAAUCUCAAAUCUCAAUCGGCAUCGAAUCGGUCAAGCAACCCAGUAGAAACACACAUUCGAAAUCUCAAUCUGUAUCUGAAUAUCAGAGUUCUGCGUUCUGACCACUGAGUUCUAUCGAUGAUUUAAAUCGUUGCGAAAAAUCGCCACAAAAAGUGCCAAGUGUUAGAAGUGCUAAAUGAAAUUCGAAAAUAAAAAUCUAAAAAAAUAACCAAAUAAAACGCAGUUAGCCCAACACGCUAGUCAAGCUAAAUAAACGUGAAACCCCAAGCAAAUUGCCGUCGGAUUUUUUACUUAACCCAAAGCUGAAAUAAACUUGUUGAACGCGCUCGAGGGCCACGUCCCCAAAAAAGCAAACGCAAAAACGUCGAACCCAAAAACAAAAAACGAAAAAACAAAAUAAGCGAAAUAAAAUAUUUUUGCGCCUGCCACGUUGCCCGUAAAAGACGUCAAGACGGUUGCCUCACGGUUCGAGUGGAAUGAGCAUAGGGACCCUGGUCUUCCUUUCGAUCGAUCGGUGUACAAAGUCGUUAAACUGAGCCCCAACUUGGAGCCCUACCCCGCCAGCGUGGAGGGCCUGAACAGCCCCAGAGCGGUGGGGAUGGCCGCGACUUCGUACAUGACGCCGCCGAGCGGUGAUCUGGACAUGGCCCUCGGAGGCGGUGGAUAUCACACCUCGUCGCCGCGCUCGGCGGCGGAUGCCGGUGAGAUGAAGUACAUGCAGCACCAUCAUCAUCAUCACGCUGCCGCCGCGGCAGCUGCCCACCAUCAGUUGCCCUCGUCGCCAUCGCCCAAUGGCCAGGGCAAUGGUGGCGGACUUGGAUUGGGUUCCGGUUCCGGGUUGGGCUCAUGGAGUGCCCUCCAUCCGGAUCCGUGGAUGCAAACCCAUCAUACGCACCAUCUGCCCGCCGCCGCUGCCGUUGCCUCGGCAGCCGAUACCGUCAAGCAGGAGAUGUCGCAUCUCUCGCAGCAGACGCGCAUCCAACAGGGCAUGGCCUCGCCCCAUGCCGCCUGGCAUGCCCCCCAUGCGGGACACUAUGCGCCCACGGGCGGCUCACCGUUGCAGUACCAUCAUGCCAUGAACGGAAUGCUCCAUCAUCCGGCCCAUGCGGUUGCAGCGGCCCAUCAUCAGAGUGUGGCGCCACUGCAUCAUACGCUGCGCGGGGAAUCGCCACAGCUGCACAUACACCAUCACAUGGGCGGCGGUGAUCGGGAUGCCAUAAGCGGCGGCGAGGAGGACACUCCCACGUCCGAUGAUCUGGAGGCCUUUGCCAAGCAGUUCAAGCAGCGCCGAAUCAAGCUGGGCUUCACCCAAGCCGAUGUGGGCCUGGCACUGGGCACUCUCUAUGGCAAUGUGUUCUCGCAGACGACCAUCUGCAGAUUCGAGGCACUGCAGCUGAGCUUCAAGAACAUGUGCAAGCUGAAGCCGCUGCUGCAGAAGUGGCUGGAGGAGGCGGACUCCACAACGGGCUCACCCACGUCCAUUGACAAGAUCGCCGCUCAGGGGCGUAAGCGCAAGAAACGCACCAGCAUCGAGGUGAGCGUGAAGGGGGCACUGGAGCAGCACUUCCACAAGCAGCCGAAGCCAUCCGCCCAGGAGAUAACCUCGUUGGCCGACUCCUUGCAGCUGGAGAAGGAGGUGGUGCGCGUGUGGUUCUGUAAUCGGCGGCAGAAGGAGAAGCGCAUGACGCCACCAAAUACGCUCGGCGGCGACAUGAUGGACGGCAUGCCGCCGGGCCAUAUGCAUCAUGGUGGCUAUCAUCCGCAUCACGAUAUGCACGGCAGUCCGAUGGGCACACACUCCCACUCGCACAGUCCGCCCAUGCUGAGCCCACAGAAUAUGCAAUCCUCGGCGGUAGCGGCGCAUCAGUUGGCGGCCCACUAGCAAUCAGAAAUCCAGGAGUCGAACUCAGCUGCAGCUGCGUCCACUCCUGCAUCCCUCAAUAGUCUAAGCCAGCAGCAACAGCAGCAGCAGCAACACCAGCAACAGCAGCAACAUCAGCAGCAGCACACACCGAAUACACCAUCCUCCAGUGCGGGAUCAUCGGCUACGAUGACCAGCCAGGUGAUGUCGCCGCAGAGUCCGCUGGGCAGCUCCUCCGCUGGCAAUCAGGCUAACAACAAUAAUAAUAAUAACAACAACAACAAUAGCAGCACCAACAAUAACAAUAAUAAUAACAACAACAACGAGGAGCAAGUUAAACACCACCAGCAGCAACAGCAACAACAGCAGGCAUCCAGCAUAGCAGCCGCUGCAGCAGCCGCCAUGUACAUGGAUCCCAUGCGCUACCAGCAUCCUCACCACCCGCAUCCGCAUCCGCACCAGCAUCCGCACCUGAAUCCCGCCCACCAUCCGCACCUGUUCCACACGAGCGAUCAGUUGCAGCACUCGCAGCAGCAGACCGUCGGCGGCACCAGCAGCAAUUCCCAAUUGUCACCGGGUGCCGGCAGCAACAGUGGCCUGCCACUCCAGCCGCCCAGCUCCGCCUCUCCGGCCGGAUCCGCAUCCUCGGUGCUCGGUGGCCAUCUCAAUCUGAAUCCGCUGCACCAGCACCACCACUAUCAGCACCACCAUCACCAGCAGCACCACCACCACCAGCAGCAGCAGCAGCAGCUCCACGCCCGCCGCCUCUUCGAGUUGAGUCUGCAGUUUGGAGCGGCGGCGGCACCGGGAGCGGUACGGCACUUCAACAGCUUUGGCGGGGCGGGCGGAGCGGGUGGCGAAUAGCAUUCGUCGGCCGCCUGGUUCGGCUAUGAGUCCUCCUAGGAUUCGGCGUCGAAUGGGUGGCCGCAUUUCAAGCGGGAGCAGCCCUAGAAUCGUACAGUCGAACUUCUCUAACGCGAACUCAGUUGGUUUGAUUCCAUAAAAUUUAACUAGCUGUGAGAAUUUUAGAAUAUUUCGUAAGUCAUAAAAAUAUUUUUGAAAUUUUUCAAUAUUUUAUUUCUGCGGUGUUUUGAGGUUUUUUAAAAUUUCUUAAUAGCAUUUCACAGAGUUCUUUAAAUCCGUUACAAAAUAUAGGCGAAAAACAUUAUUUAAAACAUAUUUAAACAAUAUGAACCAUUUUGAGUUCCACGUUAGACAAGCUCGACUGUAUGCAGAUCUUUAAAGAAUAGAAAUAAGAUGAGGUCCGUCGAUGAGGUUGAGAAAUCAUCUUUUUUACCAGUGCAUUAAUCUGUGUUAAACUUCAGCUUAAAUAGGAGCAGGGAGUGGAGGAGGUGGAGAAGAUGGGGAGGCUGCCAUCCACCAUUUUAGUUUGUUUUAAAGUUUGAAAAACUUGCUUAAAUUAAAUCAAAUUAACUAAAUUAAAAUGUAAACGAAACAUUUCCUUUGUAAAAAAGCGAAAGAAACACGCAAUUCAAAUCAAACGUGAAACCAAGUGAUGUUGUUUUAACCUAAAAACUAAAUGCUAAAAAUGAAACUAAAUGAAAACAAAAAAAACAGAGAAACUAGUUAAAAGUGCGACCCAAGUGUUAAAGAAACCAAAAAAGACAAGCAAAGAAAACAAAUUCCUCAGCUGCUCUCCAUAAGCAAGGUAAAUGUUUCCAUGCCCAAAAGUCCACAAAAUACUUUUUCGUUCAACACUUUGUCGCCGUUUAGAUCAAGUAAAGAAGGCUCAAUGAAAAUGAAGGCAGCGGUAGGAGAACUCGGUGGGUUCUAGAUAGGGUUUAGGUUCUUAAGCAAGCCGUGUUUAUAUAUAUUAUAUAUAUAUAGCCAGUAGAUUGUACUCUAAAACAUCUAUAAACGAAAAGAAAAAGAAAAACGUAGAAUUUAACGCGCGGCGAAGUAAAGAAAAUACGAGAUGAAGGAAGGAUUAAGUAAAAUAUGAGAAAACCCCAAAACAUCUGUAAAUAAAAAACUUACAGUUAAGUCAUAUUUUUUAGCUUUAAAUGCAAUUGUAGAUUUUUUAAUAGGCCUCCUAAGCGAAAAAUCAUUAAAAAUACAACCACAAGCGAAAAAAAAAAUAAACAACACUUACAAAAUAUAAAUUUUAAUUUUUAGGCGGUAAUUUUUAAUGAACACGUGAAGUUUAGUUACUUAGUACUGUACUUUCUAUAUAAGCAAAAGGAAAUCGAAUGGAAAACAAAAAAGAAUAUAGCUAAAUCUUAAAAUUUAAACAAACCAAUAAUAAUCAAAUACCACAAAUGCUAAAUUGUAAUAUAUUAAUUGAUGUACAUUAAAAAAAAAGGCAAACUAAAUGCUAAACGACAAACUUGAAAUUAUUUCAACAACAAAAAUAAACGAAAAUUGUGUAAAAAAAAUCCUCUUUGUGUUUUUUGAUAUACGCUUACAUUUUAGUCUACUUUUUCUAUUUUCUUAUACAAAAAACUAAAAUGAAAAUCAAACCUUAUCCUUUGGUGUAACUUUAUAUAUUAUAGAAUCUAACGAAAUUUUUGUUAAGUGUACUUUGUUUUGGUAUGUUGAAAACUAUGCUGUAAGAGCGAGAGAAGCGAAGCCGAAUAUUUAAGAUUAAGCCAUGCCCUCAACUGUAUAAUAAAUUAUAUA